AAAACCAGAUGGGUUUAGAUCUGGUUGUAACUUGGAUGGUACUAUCUUGAAUUCCACUGGGUUAUGGGUAAAUGUUCAGUUCUAUGCAGAGAACUAAAGGCCCUUAUUCUUGCAGAAGGUGAAAGCCUCUCCUGCUCGGCCAGGCAAUAUGGGUCCACAGACAGCAGCGGCGAGCACGACAAUCCCGCCGCCAACCACUGCAACAACCAUAGCAACCACAGGUUUCCCGCCGCGACAGCUGGGCACUGGGUCGGCGCCGACCAAGGGGAAGAGGCCAUCCGCAGGAAGUCGAAGUACUUCUUCAUGAGCCCCUGCGAUAAAUACCACGCCAAGGGCCGGAAGCCUUCCAAGCUGAUCCUGCAGCUGCUCAAGAUCAUCAUGGUCACCGCUCAGUUGGUGCUGUUUGGCCUCAGUAACCAGGUGGUGGUGAUGUUCAAGGAGGAGAACACCAUGACUUGGAAGCACAAGACUUUGAUGAGUCCUCCGACAGCGAUUUGUCCGUGUACACACGACAAGAUGUCUACCAACACAUCUUCAGCUCACAGCUGGAUGCCGCCCUCACCGAAAGAGCAUCAUCUUCGCACUGUCCCGCACUAUUUUGCACUUUGCUCCCCAACUCCAUCCUUGGGAGUGAAUCCUGGAUCUGGGGAGCUUGCAAGCCCCGAUACGUCCCAAAGUUCUGUGGGAGUCGCUCCGUGGCGCCGAGCCCACUUGGAGGGAUCGUCGUGCCACGCGGAUGCAAGCGUGCCUUGUUCCGCUCCCGGGGAUGGAUCGCCAGGCGGUCGGGAAUGAGACUUAUGGAAAUCGGAUUCGUGGUUGCUGCGCGUGGAAUAUGUCGCUAUCUUCAAAGUCAUACAACACGGCGCUGAUCAGACCAAAUGCUUUUUUCAAAUUUGCAUAGAAACAUACUUGAUAUCUUAGAAAAAUAAAUCUAUUUAUAAAUUAAAUAGAUCUCAACUGCUCGAAAAGGUAAAGUGUCCAUGACGAAAAUGCUUCGGCCGCAGGUUUGAAAACCAAAAUUAUUGAACUAUACUGCGGCUCAGCCUUCAUUUCCAUGUGUAAGUCUGAGGGCAUCGUGGAGGUUCUUCCAUGUAUCCAGCAUCAACGUUGUUCACGUCAAAAUCAGGCUUUUUAAGAGUACGACAAAUUCCCCUGAUCAACAGGGCCAGUGUCGCCCCGAUGCCGGCAACGGCCAUGAGCGUUUUCCUCACUGCGGACUCUGGGUCAGCUUCCUGAAAGAACUCUACAAAACCAUCCUGCGGGAAAAGUAAUCAGUUAGUCUGGAGUCCUGAGGAGCAGCGUCUGUGUGACACGUAGCCUUCGCAGGCGUUACACAAUGCCUGGCUGUGACUCACUCACCCAUGAAUUGUUUUUCACUAGCCAGUUUCGUUGGUGUUCCAGCAGGAACGAAGAGAUCUCCUCUUCAGGUACUGGGACAGCACCGCCCCGAACGCCACCAGACUGGCAAUGCGGCCCAAGUUUGUGGUCCCAUCUGAGAAGAGGCUCUUUGCUACUGAACCCACAAAGUCCAUGUUGUCCCCUUUCUGGUCCAGACAAAGAGUUUUGAGCAUACCUUGAAAAAUAAAUAAAUAAAGGGUGUCAUUUACUGAAAUUCACAUUU